AUGCAACAAAAUGUUGAAUUACAACGUGAAAUUGAAGCAUUUCGUUCUAAACUUGACUAUAUUGUUACAUUCAUUAAUGAAAAACUUGAUCAAAAAAAAACAACACCAGCAACAUCAUCAUCAGUAUCUAUGCUUCAAUUAGCUUUUGAAAAUAUGCAACAAACAGAAAUGAAAUUACUUGAACUUAAAUUAAAAUCAGUAUCACAACAAGAAGAAAAUGAUCUUUUAAAAUAUUUAAUGGAAAAAUCACAAAACAUAUCAAGCAUUGAACAAAUGCAAUUAUUCGCUAUUAUUGAACAACGUUUACUUGAACGUGAAAUUGAUCUUGUUCGUCAAGAACUUGAAAUUACAGAGAGAAAAGCCGUUCAACUUGAACAAGCAUUUGAAAAUUCAGAUGAAACAAUUAAAUUUCAUUUGGAAAGUCUUAAAUUAAAAUGUGAUAUUUUACGUAAACAUAUUAUAACAUGUAGUCAACGAUUAGAUGAAGUUAAUAAACAAAAUCUUAUUAGAUUAGCAAAUGAAAGUCAAAUUCUAAAAAAUAGAAAUCAACAAGAAGAAUCAAACAUUGAAAAAAAAAAUAUUGAACUUGAAAAUGAAUUAUUACAAUUACGUGAACGUUAUAAUGAGUUAAUUGAACAUGCAAAUACACUUCAAUCUGAAUUAAAUGAUGCACGAAAACAAUUUCAUGAAAGAGAAAAACUUGAAUUAAAGAUAAAUGUUGAUUUGGAAUCAGAACGUCGACGUGCCGAUCAAAUAGAAAAUGAAUUUAAAUCUUUAAAAAUCAAAUAUGAAGAUGUAUGUGAACGUGUUCGUGCAGCUACACAUCAAUUAGAACAUGUACAAAUUUUACUUGAAGAAACAUCACGUCGUUGUGAACAAUUAGAAAAAGAAAAGGUAAAAAUAGAACAUGAAAUAAAAAAAAAAAAAACCUAA